GGAAGUCAUCCCGUGGGUUGGUGAGGGAAAUUCCUGACCUGUGGCCUGCAGCAGCCAGCUACUCUGCUAAAUUACUUGGGCAACUGAGGCAGAAAGGUCUCCAGAGGCUUGAGGCCAGCCUGAGAUACAGUUCCACCACAGCCCAGGCCACCAGGUUUGGCCGGAGCUUAGGAUUCACCAUGGCGAAUGAAGAGGCGAUCAUCCGCAUUCCCCCAUACCACUACAUCCAUGUGCUGGACCAGAACAGUAAUGUGUCCCGUGUAGAGGUUGGACCAAAGACCUACAUCCGGCAGGACAAUGAGAGGGUGCUAUUUGCCCCCGUUCGCAUGGUGACCGUUCCCCCACGCCACUACUGCAUAGUGACCAACCCUGUGUCCCGGGACGCCCAGAGUUCUGUGUUAUUUGACGUCACAGGACAAGUCCGGCUCCGUCACGCUGACCAGGAGAUCCGACUAGCCCAGGACCCCUUCCCCCUGUACCCAGGGGAGGUGCUGGAAAAGGACAUCACCCCGCUGCAGGUGGUUCUUCCCAACACGGCCCUGCAUCUUAAGGCAUUGCUGGACUUCGAGGACAAGAAUGGAGACAAGGUCAUGGCGGGAGAUGAGUGGCUAUUUGAGGGACCUGGCACCUACAUCCCACAAAAGGAGGUGGAAGUCGUGGAGAUCAUUCAGGCCACGGUCAUCAAACAGAACCAAGCACUGCGGCUAAGGGCCCGCAAGGAAUGCUUUGACCGAGAUGGCAAAGAGCGGGUGACAGGUGAGGAGUGGCUGGUUCGAUCCGUGGGCGCCUAUCUCCCAGCUGUCUUUGAAGAGGUACUGGAUCUGGUGGACGCUGUGAUCCUUACAGAAAAGACAGCUCUGCACCUCCGGGCUCGGCAGAACUUCAAGGACCUUCGAGGAGUGGCUCACCGCACUGGGGAGGAAUGGUUAGUGACGGUGCAGGACACAGAAGCCCAUGUCCCAGAUGUCUAUGAGGAGGUGCUGGGGGUAGUACCCAUCACCACCCUGGGACCUCGACACUACUGUGUCAUCCUUGACCCAAUGGGACCAGAUGGCAAGAACCAGCUGGGACAAAAGCGUGUUGUCAAGGGAGAGAAGUCCUUUUUCCUCCAGCCAGGAGAGAGGCUGGAACGAGGCAUCCAGGAUGUGUACGUACUGUCAGAGCAGCAGGGGCUGCUACUGAAGGCGCUGCAGCCCCUGGAGGAGGGGGAGAGCGAGGAGAAGGUCUCCCACCAGGCUGGAGACCGCUGGCUCAUUCGUGGGCCCCUGGAGUAUGUGCCAUCUGCAAAAGUGGAGGUGGUGGAGGAGCGUCAGGCUAUCCCUCUGGACCAAAAUGAGGGCAUCUAUGUGCAGGAUGUCAAGACGGGGAAGGUACGGGCUGUGAUUGGAAGCACCUACAUGCUGACUCAGGAUGAAGUUCUGUGGGAAAAGGAGCUGCCUUCUGGGGUGGAGGAGCUGCUGAACUUGGGGCACGACCCUCUGGCGGACCGGGGUCAGACGGGCAAAGCCAAGGCCCUUCUGCCCUCAGCACCAAGGAACAAGACCCGAGUGGUCAGCUACCGCGUCCCACACAAUGCAGCGGUGCAGGUGUACGACUACAGAGCCAAGAGAGCCCGUGUGGUCUUUGGGCCCGAGCUAGUGUCACUGGAUCCUGAGGAGCAGUUCACAGUGUUGUCCCUUUCUGCUGGGCGUCCCAAACGACCUCAUGCCCGCCGUGCACUCUGCCUGCUGCUGGGACCCGAUUUCUUUACUGAUGUCAUCACCAUCGAAACUGCAGAUCAUGCCAGGCUGCAGCUGCAGCUUGCCUACAAUUGGCACUUUGAAGUGAAGAACCGGAAUGACCCUGAAGAGACAGCCAAGCUGUUCUCCGUGCCUGACUUCGUGGGUGACGCCUGCAAGGCCAUUGCAUCCCGAGUCCGGGGGGCUGUAGCCUCCGUCACCUUUGAUGACUUCCAUAAGAACUCAGCGCGGAUCAUUCGCAUGGCUGUUUUUGGCUUUGAGAUGUCUGAAGACACAGGUCUUGAUGGCGCACUCCUGCCCAGGGCUCGAGACCGGGCAGUCUUUCCCCAAAAUGGGCUGGUAGUCAGCAGCGUGGAUGUGCAGUCAGUGGAGCCUGUGGACCAGAGGACCCGGGAUGCCCUUCAGCGCAGUGUCCAGCUAGCCAUUGAAAUUACAACCAACUCCCAGGAAGCAGCAGCCAAGCACGAGGCUCAGAGACUAGAGCAGGAAGCCCGUGGUCGGCUUGAGAGGCAGAAGAUCUUGGACCAGUCAGAAGCUGAAAAAGCCCGCAAGGAACUCUUGGAGCUUGAGGCUAUGAGCAUGGCUGUGGAGAGCACUGGGAAUGCCAAAGCAGAGGCUGAGUCCCGUGCAGAGGCGGCACGGAUUGAGGGAGAAGGCUCUGUGCUGCAGGCGAAGCUAAAGGCGCAGGCGUUAGCCAUUGAGACGGAGGCAGAGCUGGAGCGAGUAAAGAAAGUCCGAGAGAUGGAGCUGAUCUACGCCCGGGCCCAGCUGGAGCUGGAGGUGAGCAAGGCACAGCAGCUGGCCGAUGUGGAGGCAAAGAAGUUCAAGGAGAUGACAGAGGCUCUGGGCCCCAGCACCAUCAGGGACCUGGCUGUGGCCGGGCCAGAGAUGCAGGUGAAGCUUCUUCAGUCGCUGGGCCUGAAAUCCACUCUCAUCACAGAUGGCUCUUCUCCCAUCAAUCUCUUCAACACAGCCUUCGGUUGCUGGGGCUGGGCUCUGACGGCCAGCCACCAGUACAAAAGUGACCAGCCGGCCCAGCCCCGGGGAAGCCUUGCUUUCCCAGGCCCUCUGAGGCAGCCACACUGUGCCUUAGGUGAACACUGACUGCACCGACAAUGGAUGAAAUAAAUGACAACCGUAGACAUUUA